AGCAGCAAGCACAGACCUGCUGCCUCUCAGAAAACCACACAUGGAUUUGCGAGCAGGACAUGCAGCAGGUGUGGUGCAUGCAGUGAGUACAGGACAUGCAACAGGUGUGGUGCAUGCAGAGAGCACAGGGCAUGCAGCAGGCACCGCAGUGUGGUUGUCUGGUAGCAGCUAUCAUAAUUUUUUUUCUCAGGUUUAGAGGAAAUACUUCUUUGUGUGUUAUUUUGCCACUUCCUGAUUUUUCUGAGCGCUCUCCUGAAGCGCGCUCAGGCUCUGCAGUUCCUCCAGACCCCUGUCAGCAAUGGUGCUGCCUCCCUCGCACGUCACCGAUGGGUGUGGAGGAGCGAGUUUUGCUUUCGUUUGCCAGGCUGGAGCCCUUGGCUUUCCUCCGGGGGAAAAUCCAUACGGAAACACCUUUGCCGCUGGGAGCCCUGGGGUCUGCCCUCUCUGGAUCACUUUGCUCUCCUGCUUGUGAUUUCUCGCUGAAAGCAAAUUCCCUUCUACAAUUGCAGUAGGCUGUAGUGGGGCUCCUCGAGUGGAUAAACUGAGUCCUGGGUGACUCCUGUGGGGGAUUACUUGAAAUCACAGAUCAUCCCAAAGAAGGGGAGGGACAUUCCCAGGAAGGACCCAGAGCGACUUUGCGUGGUAUCACUGACUGCCCGGAGCUGCUGCUGCUGGAGUCCAUGGCGUACACUGUGACUCCCACGCCGGUGGGGCCCGUUGGCUCCCAGUACUGCGUCUGCAAAGUUGAAUUGUCUGUCAGCGGCCAAAACCUUCUGGACAGGGAUGUCACUUCCAAAUCUGACCCCUUCUGUGUCCUCUUCAUGGAAGUCAAUGGGAAGUGGGUGGAGCUUGACAGGACAGAGACAGCUGUGAACAACCUCAACCCAGCUUUUGCCAAGAAGUUCACCAUUGACUACCACUUUGAAGAAGUGCAGAAACUCAAAUUUGCCCUAUUUGACCAGGACAAGUCAAGCAUGCAGCUGUAUGAGCAUGACUUCCUGGGUGAAUUCUCCUGCACACUGGGCAUGAUUGUCUCCAGCAAGAAAAUAACAAGGACUCUUCUUUUGGGGAAUGGCAAGCCGGCUGGAAAAGGGAUGAUAACGAUAGCUGCCCAAGAACUAUCGGAUAACAGGGUGAUUACUCUGAGCAUGGCUGGCAGAAAACUGGAUAAAAAGGACCUGUUUGGAAAGUCAGACCCUUUCCUGGAGUUUUAUAAACCAGGUGACGACGGGAAGUGGAUGCUGGUCCAUAGAACAGAGGUGAUUAAGUACACACUGGACCCCAUUUGGAAGCCGUUCACUGUGCCUUUGGUUUCACUGUGCGAUGGAGAUGUAGAGAAGCCGAUAAAGGUGAUGUGUUACGACUAUGACAGUGACGGGGGACAUGACUUCAUUGGGGAGUUUCAGACCUCGGUGGCAAGAAUGUGCGAAGCCCAGGAUGCGUUUCCACUCGAGGUAGAGUGCAUUAACCCCAAAAAGCAGAAGAAGAAAAAGAAUUACAAGAACUCUGGGAUCAUCAUUGUCAAGUCCUGCAAAAUAACCAGAGAUUUUUCCUUCCUGGACUACAUCCUGGGAGGCUGCCAGCUGAUGUUUACUGUUGGAAUUGACUUCACAGCCUCCAAUGGGAACCCGCGAGAUCCCACCUCUUUGCACUACAUCAACCCCAUGGGGACAAACGAGUACUUAUCAGCUAUCUGGGCUGUCGGCCAGAUCAUCCAGGACUAUGACUCAGACAAGAUGUUUCCUGCUCUGGGAUUUGGUGCCCAGCUCCCCCCGGACUGGAAGGUAUCCCAUGAGUUUGCCAUUAACUUCAAUCCCACGAACCCGUUCUGUUCAGGUGUGGAGGGCAUUGUCCAAGCAUACUCGGCCUGCCUGCCCCACAUCCGCUUCUAUGGACCCACCAACUUCUCCCCCAUUGUCAAUCACGUGGCCCGCUUCGCGGCUCAGGCCACCCAACAGGAGGCUGCAUCCCAAUACUUCAUUCUCCUCAUCAUCACGGAUGGAGUGAUCAGCGACAUGGACGAGACGAGACACGCUGUGGUGCAGGCAUCCAAGCUGCCCAUGUCCAUUAUCAUCGUGGGGGUGGGCAACGCCGACUUUGCCGCCAUGGAGUUCUUGGAUGGAGACAGCCGGGUCCUGCGCUCCCACACUGGCGAGGAGGCUGUGCGUGACAUUGUACAGUUCGUGCCCUUCCGGGAUUUCCGCAAUGCCCCCAAGGAGACACUGGCCAAAGCAGUGCUGGCAGAGCUGCCCCAGCAAGUCGUGCAGUACUUUAAGCACCGAAACCUGCCGCCCAUCAACUCAGAGCCCGCCUAGAGCUGUGCCAGGCUGUGUCCUCUGCAUGUUGCCGAAGCCUGUCGGUCCUACCGAAAGUGCAUGUUCCACAUGCUUUUAAGAGAAGAAUACCCUCCCCGAAACACUUUGUACUUCUUAAUUUAAUUGCUAAAUUCUUAAAACUCAUCCCAGAGAAGCGUCUGGAUUCAUUUUGUACAGUCCCAGCCCGAGGUAACACUAAGCAGCCAGGCCAUGCCCUGAUCCUGCUCUUUUGAGUUACUUUUCAGUAUUGAAUGUACUUUGUAUAAUUUUGGUGCAACGGAAUACAAUUUUUACAAUCGAAACUUGCUUUUUCCAAGCAAUUAAUUGCUUAAUAUAUUAUUAUCAUCCAGUGAACUGGUCACUGUAUAGUUCAUGUAUCUGUGUUGUACCUGUACCUCUGUCAUGCUCUAUGUUCAUUUUUAUACUGUGUACAUGUUAUAUUUGUUAUACUCAGGUUAAUAAAGAAACUUGGACAUUUAAAACAGGGUCUCCUAGAUGGUAAGCAUCUUACGCGGUCAGAAGUGCUCAGUGUUUGAGAGGUCUGUGUGUGCUACCUGGGAUUUCACAGCAGCACCAGAUGGAUUUUAGCCUUCCAGGUGACAGUCCUUCUUGCCAUGUUUUAAGCUCUGGCUUAAAACUCUGGCUGUAACUGCUUGCUUUCCUCUGCAGUUAUCUCAAAAGCCACAGACUAGGGGGAAAAAAAGAAAAGUCCAGCCACCCCACCGAGAAUGAGCAGUCUGCUUCUUCUAUAGCUUUUGUGAACCCACAGACACAGUGCAAAAUGUUCUGCCAUUCCUACACUGUGGCACAGGCAAAAAAUCCAGUGGCAGCCACUCAGCCAGUGCUCAGCAUUUUUGCUUGCUGUGCCCCACGCCAUCGUGCUCAAGGGUGAUUUACUGAACAAACAGGUCAAUAUGGAUGUCCCAGAGAGGGCAGCAUCCCCUCACUCCUGUCCAUCAGCUCUCAGUGCCCACCUGAGCUGGGCACAGGAGACUAAGGCAUGUACACACACAUGCAUGCUCAGGAAAACACCGGUGAACCCACAACAAACUGGCAAAAAGAGUUGCACAGUUCACUGCUGCUUCAUCUCUAGAAAUUUUUCCAAGUCUGAGUAACAAAAGCUCCCUGUCGCCUGGGAGAAGAUGGGCUGGGUAAUGAAAUCCUGCUCUCCAGCAGCUGCUCUGAGCUGCUUAUCAGCAACAUGCUAUCAUCAUCACUAAUUGCUGCUUUCUUCCAUUGUUAACUAGAUUAAGGUCUCCUGAAGCUGGCAGGUAGAAAGUUGAAUAUACUGCAGAGAACACCACCCUUACUCCAAACUUGACCUCUCUUCUCCCCAUUAGUGAAAGUGCUUCUGGUGGGAGGUUGGUGUCUCUAGGUAAAGCCAGACCAACGUGCACAUGCACGUGCUACUGGCAGUGCUUGUUGCCACCAACCGCUGCUACCAAACAUGUGAUUGUCACCGCUGCCACUGAGUCACCAGCAUGCAGACAGACCUGUGCAGUCCCACAGAGCAGCCACAGCACAGAGCCGAAGCUGAUGGUGAGGUGCAGUUAGCCCCGAGCAUGGUGCUGGGCAAGGCGCCAUCCCUUGGGAGAGGUGGGACUGCUCCAUGAAGUAUUUGCUUUGCAAAGUCUUCUGGAUAAAAAAAACCCUAGCCAACACCACUUUUUCCCAAGUGGAGAAGCAGCCUUUGAAGGGUGGCU